AUGCGCCAUUCAGGGAUGUGUGUUUUCGUGCACCCAGAAGAGGAACAACUCUCUCAAAGGGGGGCUGGACCAACGCGGGGGAUUCGGGGGGCCCGCGGGGCCCGCCGCGCUCUCCCGGGGGGUUUAAUCGCCCUGGGGCUUUCGCUCCUAGGCGCCCUGUCCGCCGGCCCCGGGGCGCAGCCGUACCACGGCGAGAAGGGCAUCUCGGUGCCAGACCACGGCUUCUGCCAGCUCAUCUCCAUCCCGCUGUGCACGGACAUCGCUUACAACCAGACCAUCCUGCCCAACCUGCUGGGCCACACCAACCAAGAGGAUGCGGGCCUCGAGGUGCACCAGUUCUACCCGCUGGUGAAGGUGCAGUGCUCCCCGGAGCUGCGCUUCUUCCUGUGCUCCAUGUACGCGCCCGUGUGCACCGUGCUGGAUAAGGCCAUCCCGCCGUGCCGCUCCCUGUGCGAGCGCGCCCGCCAGGGCUGCGAGGCGCUCAUGAACAAGUUCGGCUUCCAGUGGCCAGAGCGGCUGCGCUGCGAGAACUUCCCGGUGCACGGCGCCGGCGAGAUCUGCGUGGGCCAGAACACGUCCGACGGCUCCGGGGGUCCGGGCGGCGGCCCCACGGCCUACCCCACCGCGCCCUACUUGCCCGACCUGCCCUUCACCGCGCUGCCCCCGGGGGCGUCUGAUACCAGGGGCAGGUCCUCCUUUCCCUUCUCAUGCCCCCGGCAGCUCAAGGUCCCCCCCUACUUGGGUUACCGUUUCCUGGGCGAGCGCGACUGCGGCGCCCCGUGCGAGCCUGGCCGCGCCAACGGCCUCAUGUACUUUAAGGAGGAGGAGCGGCGCUUCGCCCGCCUCUGGGUGGGCGUGUGGUCGGUGCUGUGCUGCGCCUCCACGCUCUUCACGGUCCUCACCUACCUGGUGGACAUGAGGCGCUUCAGCUACCCCGAGCGGCCCAUCAUCUUCCUGUCGGGCUGCUACUUCAUGGUGGCCGUGGCGCACGUGGCCGGCUUCCUGCUGGAGGACCGCGCCGUGUGCGUGGAGCGCUUCUCCGACGACGGCUACCGCACGGUGGCGCAGGGCACCAAGAAGGAGGGGUGCACCAUCCUCUUCAUGGUCCUCUACUUCUUCGGCAUGGCCAGCUCCAUCUGGUGGGUCAUCCUGUCGCUCACCUGGUUCCUGGCGGCCGGCAUGAAGUGGGGCCACGAGGCCAUCGAGGCCAACUCGCAGUACUUCCACCUGGCGGCGUGGGCGGUGCCCGCGGUCAAGACCAUCACCAUCCUGGCCAUGGGCCAGGUGGACGGGGACCUGCUCAGCGGGGUGUGCUACGUGGGCCUGUCCAGCGUGGACGCGCUGCGGGGCUUCGUGCUGGCGCCCCUGUUCGUCUACCUCUUCAUCGGCACGUCCUUCCUGCUGGCCGGCUUCGUGUCGCUCUUCCGCAUCCGCACCAUCAUGAAGCACGACGGCACCAAGACGGAGAAGCUGGAGAAGCUCAUGGUGCGCAUCGGCGUCUUCAGCGUGCUCUACACCGUGCCCGCCACCAUCGUGCUGGCCUGCUACUUCUACGAGCAGGCCUUCCGCGAGCACUGGGAGCGCACCUGGCUGCUGCAGACCUGCAAGAGCUACGCGGUGCCCUGCCCGCCCGGCCACUUCCCGCCCAUGAGCCCCGACUUCACCGUCUUCAUGAUCAAGUACCUGAUGACCAUGAUCGUGGGCAUCACCACCGGCUUCUGGAUCUGGUCUGGCAAAACCCUACAGUCGUGGCGCCGCUUCUACCACAGACUCAGCCACAGCAGCAAGGGGGAGACUGCGGUCAACUGAACCAGAGGUCAAGUGACUCCCCGAGGUGGCAGUGAAGGUGGCAGUGACUCAGCAGCUCUGGCAGGAAUAGACUCCAGGCCUCACCCCAGGGGAAGCCUCAGAAGCCACUGAAGCUAUUCUUCCCUCUUGUCCCAGAAGCCGACUUUGGAAUCAGAUUAGACUGAGAAGCCUUCUCUAUCCAGGCACUUUGAUAUUAAACAGUCCCUUGGGGAAAUGAUAAAGGCAUUCUUAAAUACUUCCAAUUCCAAGCCUGCUAGCUUUGUUU